UUGCAGUGUAUACGUUGAACACAUCGAUGUCAAAAUGUUGGGAACGCGUUAACUACCCACCCAUACAAGUAGAAUCUAAAUUAUAAUAUUUCAAAUCGAACCAUGUACGCGAUGCAGUGUACAGGCCUGAAUGUAUAUUAUACCUUAACAUUGUAAUGUCUCGUAACCCACAGGCAUCCGGGUCAUUGUCAUUUAGUCAAAGACUCGCUCUGUCGCGUAACUACCCAAACUCCUUGGUGAACCACGGAGUGUUGCGGCGACCUCCGUCGGGCUACCACUAUGAGACGAGAAGACACAUCUUGAAAACUUAUCCGAGAAAUUCUUAUACGAUAAAAUACGGUCCAUCGCACAUUGCCAGAAGCAAUAACAACUAUGGUGGGUCAACACCGUCAAAGGGCGGAAAGGCCAGAAAAAAAAAUAAAAAGAAGAAAUCCGAUGACGAUGAAGACCCCGGUGACACCUCUUCGCCUGCCAAUAAUAGUCCACCACCCGCGGAACCAGCUGGUAGUCCAGCAGACGAGACUCCACCAGCCGAGGCUCCACCACCGCCGGCUAAAUGAAAGCGUGCACCGUAGAGCCAAAAAGCGAAACGGACGGAGUGCCGAGAUGUCAGUUGUCACCGAAAAUUACAACAAGCUAUAUUAUAAUUGUAUCAUAUCAUUCAAAUAUCAUACCGUAUAACUAUCUAUACGGCUAUAC